UCGGCGCUCGCCGAGCGCUUUCCGCUGCCGUUUGUCUCCCGUCUCUUCCCGUUCGCAGGAGCAGCUGCCGCUGCGCAACCCCUUCCCCGCCUCCUCCUCCUCCUCGCAGCCUCCCUCGCACGGCGCGGCCCCGACAUACAGAGCUGAAGAAUCAGAAGUGGAAAUGAGUAGCCAAGAGUCUGAUGUGCUACGUUGCUGGAGAUGUAGAAAAUACAUAGCAAAUUCUAACUGCCUUGCAAAAUGUCAUGGAAAAGAACCAUCUGAUACAUCACAACCUUCAGCUGCUGCUCAGGAGUCUUGCAAUGUAUGGCAUGUGAACUUAGAAGCCAUUCCAGAGUGGGUGAAAUGCGUCAUUGAGAAGGCACAGUGGACAAUUGGAAAACUGCAUUGUCCGUUUUGUGAGGCCCGUUUAGGGGGCUUUAACUUUGUCUGCAACACAAAGUGUUCCUGUGGACAGUUAGUAAACAUACAUUUCUGCAAAAGUCGAACUGACUAUCAGCCAGCUUUCUCUCUUAAAUUGGCAAAAUCAUCAGGAAAACACUUACCUCUCUGCAAAAUUAAGUCUGAUUUUAGCACAGAUACCCACCAAGAAGUGGUAACAGCAACUUUGGAAAUCAAACCACAAAGGCUUUCAUACAUGGCCAGAAAUAAUAAUACUGAAAGAUUAACAGAAGCACUUUGCCUUGAAGCAAGAUCUCCCAGAUCAGAGAUGAAAAGUAAAAAACUUGCCUUAAAGGCAUUAAAUCAAAAAGGAAAUCUUUCUGCUUCCUGUCUUCUGAAUGAUGCAUGCACUCUAAAACCUUUCCACAGAAGAUCACGUAGUUGGGAUUUAAAUGUCAGCAAGAGACUUGUUUUUUCACCUUCAUUUGAAACUUCCAGUACAGGAACUAUUUACCAUAUGAAAUGGUCGAAUGGACAAAAUGCAAAUCCACCUGUUUACACACAAAGUGGCUUGCAGUUAGAGUCCAACAGUAGUGCUUUUCAGGAACAAUAUAGGUCAAAUGCUGACAAACUACAGAAGAGGAUUCGAGAUACUUCCUUUACCACAUUGGUACAUAGAGGCAUAGAGAGUGAAUGUGAUUUUGAAGCUGCUGGACAAUCUUCUGGGAGUGCCAUUGCUGACGGGUCACCUUUUGUGAUGAACGUUUCUUCAUCUGUGAGUGCUGUAGAAGAGGAACAAUAUAUUGCACCUGUUGGUCUUGUGCAGCCUACAAACACUUCCGUCAACCAAAAACUGAGUAAGAGAGAAAGAAACAAGUUGAAAAGCUUAAGGAGAAAACAAAGGAGGCGAGAACAGUGGCUACAGAAGCAAACUGCAAAUGAUAACCUGCAUACAGAAGAUGAGCCUGAACUCAGAAGAGAUAAAGAAAGCUAUCUCUGUGCCGUAUGCCUGGAUGUUUAUUUCAAUCCUUACAUGUGCUAUCCAUGUCACCACAUCUUUUGUGAACCUUGUUUAAGGAUGCUUGCCAAAGACAAUCCAGCCAGCACUCCAUGUCCACUAUGUCGUACUACAAUAGCCAGAGUCUUUUUCCAAGCAGAACUGAACAACUCUACCAAGUCUUUUUUCCCUACGGAAUAUUUGAAGUUACAAGAAAGUUUUCAAAAAUCAAAUUCUGCAAAAUGGCCUCUACCAAGCUGCAAGAAAGCUUUCAGAGUAUUUGAAGGUUUUCGAAGACACUCAGAUACUGUAACAAGGAGGCAUUUCCCACAUGCUGCUCACAGAAUGGACUACAUGGACUUUGAGGAUGACAGCCGUGGAUGGCGGUUUGAUAUGGACAUGGUGAUAAUCUACAUUUAUUCAGUCAAUUGGGUAAUAGGAUUUAUUGUGUUCUGUUUUCUUUGUUAUUUCUUUUUCCCUUUCUAGUCUGUAAAAAUCACAUUUAAGGAAAACAACAAUUGUGAACACAAUAAUAUGAAUAGAAAAAAAAAAAUGAAGAAGGCAAAAUGUUUGUUUGAUGUUGCAUUUUUAUCAUUCAGAACUGUAAUAGACUGCAUCAAGCAUGCUGUGAGGCUAUUUGAUACUUCUGCUGUGUGUGACAAAGUAGUCAAGUUUGGUUCCAGAAAUAAUGUGAAAUCCAGAUCAUUCUUCAUUCAGUGGGAGCUUUGCCUUGAUUUUGGUGGGAACAGCAUUUUACUGCUAAUGUAUAAAAUAAUUACUCCGUAGAAUUAUUCAGUACUUUUUAUUCUUAGAAGAGUUCUGUGUACUAUAACAGAAUAUGAUCCAUAGAGUCAUUUUUGGGGUUGACUCUAUAUUGACACACUUUGUAAGCAUAAGUCUUCUCACUCAUUGGUGCUUCAAUUCAUUGUAUAUAUUAAAAAAAAAAUGCCUUUUAUAGUCAGAUCUGUUGGGGAUAAGCACUGCAGUGCUGCACCAUAUAUUAUAUAGAUAUUUACGGGAGCAAUUUCACUGGCAUAAUCCAAAUUCUAGAAAGUUUUGACAAUUGAUGGAACUGUCAGCUUUCUGCUGUGGGGAUGUGAUGUACUCAGUGCCUGAAAUUUCGAGCCUAUUAACCAAAAAGAGAAAUGAUAUAGCACCACAUGCUGACAAUUCAUCUUUUCAGCAAAUGGCAAUCGGAAGAAAUUGACUAACAAACCCUACUACUGAACAUUAAAGGGACCUUUUUUGCGCAGAUUCCCAGAGUAGCACUGUACCUUUUGUAUCCAUUCAGAUGAGUGCAUAUGGCUCAAGCAAAACAGUUACUGAGGGCAAGCAGCAGGUCUGCUAACUGUGAUGCCCUGUAAAUAAUAGGGAAAUAAUAGAAAUGGAGCAUUCUCCAGUUGUAAUUCAAUCUAGGUGUGAUUGAAUCAUUAUUAAAUGACUGUAACAAUUUCAGGAUACUCUUUAAGUGUGGGCUCAUCAGUACUAUGUGUCUCCAAGGAGACCAUGUAAGAGGACACAGUAUUUAUUUGCACCUUUCAUGUAAAAGAAUUAUAAAGCACUUUAUAGCUAUUCCAUGUAAAGAUUGCUGUUUUUCUGUACAAGCUACAUCAAGUUCAGCAGUCAUUCUGUACUUGCUGCUUUACACAAUAUUUUCAAAUGGAAGUGAAAAAGCAUCUAUUAAAUUACAGGGAGGAUAUUAUAAACUAUUGUGGGAAUCAAGUGCCCAAGAAUGGUACAAGGUAGUUAAAGGGCUUACUUUUCAGGAAGGUACAAGAAAGUUCUUAUUUGUGAGGGCAUGAUCUAUAAAGUAUGUAGUUUGAUCUUAAAAAGCAUGUAUAUUGUUGCUUUGGUAUCAGGAGUUGUGUGGGAGACCUGUGUUCUUUUCAGUAGGUGGUGUACUCCCCUGUUCUAGCAGAGAACAAGGAAAAAUGUGUUAUGGAAGGUGCCAUCUGCCAAAUGUGUUGGAAUGGAAUGAAAUCAGAGGUUUUAUCAGUGUGCUUAACAUUAAGCAAGUGCUUAUGCAUCUUUGCUGGAGCAGGGCCGUCAUGCUCAGUCUCUUAUAGUUUAUACAGUGAUCAGGACCAGAAACUUUAACAGCUACUACUGUUUAGUUAGUUUUCUUACAGGCUGCAUAAAAUAAUUUCUUUAUAUCUUUGAGAAUAUAUGUGUAGAAUUAAAAAUUACAAGUCUAACUGCACUAUAUGCAAGCUUAAGAAGAUGCAAUAGUUGAAAUUAAACAUCACCGUGCAGACAAGGUCAUCACAGAAAUACAUUUUCUACAAUUACAGUACCCUUAGUUUGAUCUUAACCUAAGGUUUGAUCUCUGCCUAAAAAUGAUUGGCUUUAUUAUUGGUGGCAUUAGGCAUACCAUUUUAAAUGCUUUAAGGUUGUAGUAAAGCACUCAGUAAACUUCCCCCUUUGUAUUGAUAUAAACAAGCCUUUAAAAAGCUAGGUUUUCCUUGGUCAUAGGCUCCUCUUUUGCUAUAUGCAAAUGUGUAGGUCUGUAUGCUUUAAUGUUAUCAGUAAUUUUCAAAAGUUUUCUCAUCUAUCCCAGGACAGGGAUUCUACCCACAUUUUUGGUUUGUCUCUAAUCUUACGAACUUCAUGCGCCUAUCUCAGCAAAGAGAGGGACUGAUUUACCUACUAAGCCAAAAUUACUUCUACCUUUUGAUCUCAGAAUAUACUAGAAUAAAGAGAUGUAAUGAAAAAUUACUUUAACUUAACUGACAUAGUCUGAAAUUGCAGUAUUUUAAAUUAAAAUAAUUUAACCAGGAUAUCUCCUAAAGAAAUAUCCUUAAGUAAAUAUUUUGAAAUAUAUUGAGACAUAAGAAACAUAAUAUAGAUACUAAUUAAUAAUAUAAGAAAGAGUUACUUAUAUAAUUUUUAAUAGCAUGUUACCGUGGAUUUAUUCUGAAAAAGGCAACAAGAAGAGUCAAAAAUCCAAGGUAAUAUUGGCCCUUUUUUGUACGAGCAAGAGUUGAUGACUGCAGAGUGGCUGCAUUUUCCUAAAUUUAAUAGAGUGACAGUUUUGUAUGACAUUUCUAACUGUGUAGCAGUACCUUUAAGACCUAAUCAGCAAACUCUUUCUUGGCCUAUACUGUUUUACUUCAUAUUGUUUGUUAUUAAUUCCAGGGAAUAAUUACUUUUAAAGGGUUAAUGCUCAUAGUUAAGACUGUUGCAACUUUGAGACAUCCUCCAUAGGACAAAAAAAAAAAAAAAAAAAAAAAAAGGUGCAUAGAAAGAAGGUACAUUUUUUGUCUAUUACUGCUCUUUUGAGAUACAUACCUUUUGUAAAAAGACAACAAUAAUUCAGAAGUUCAAACCUGGUUUUCAUUGAAGUCUGCCUGUAAAAUGUUGUUGAUAUCUGUAGGAGCAAGAGCAGGUCUUCUGUAAGCAAUUUUCUGGUCAAGUAGAUCCUGCUCUGCAAUCUUGUCUUUCUUAUCUACAAUGGUAUUAAAAUGUUUGCAAUAAAAUUUGUGUUGUUUGUAAUAUUUUGCAGCCAUGUACUAGCUUUUGCUUGGUGGAAUUAAAUUUUAAUAUUUUUUUCAGUGAA